AUGUGGGUUCUGCUUCUGGGGUGUUUAAAAAUUUCGAUUGUUGUCGCUAAUUCGGAUGGAUUACAUCAGAUUUCGAGGUUGUGGAAUGAAAGUUUAGAUCUUUCCAUUGAUCCCUGUGAAGACUUAUAUCAGUUUGCAUGCGGGAAUUGGAUAAAAAACAAUCCCAUUCCUGAAGACCGUGCGUAUUAUGACAAAUACUCACAAUUAAGUGACGUUGUUAAUCGUCAGACAAGAGGUAAGUGUAAACAAACAUAAUUAACUAAGAAAUCUUAGCGUUCUAUGAUUCAAUCGAUGACAGAAACUCGACAGCUAUCUCCAAAUUAAAAUUAUUCUAUACAGCAUGCAUGAAUACGACCGGCAAAAGUGUUGAAAAGACUUCAGAAUUGCUCGAAUUUAUCAGAGUAAGUCAUUUUCGUACAUUAAGACAACUUUCAGAAAAUUGGAGUAUGGCCUAUGAUUGACGGAGAUGACAAGUUCAAUGCCACAGAAUUUGACCUGACUGGUUAUUUGGCCAGAAUGGCCAGUAUUCGGUCCAUGGAUGUGUUCUUUGCCGCUUACGGGAACAUAGACCUUAAUAAUGUGAGCAGAACAUUGAUCCAUUUCGAGAAAGGGAGCCUCGGAAUGUCCAUUCCACAAUUUUAUUUGGAACCAAAACGGUUCAGAAGACAAGUCUCGGCUUAUGAGCAAUAUAUGCGCACAGUCAUAUAUCUUAUUCUCAAAGAUACGGGGAUUUCUAGGUCCCGAGCUCAGAUUAACGAACAUGUAAAGGAGAUCAUCGGUUUCGAAAAGACAUUUGCACAUGUCGCCUUAGAGAGCAUGAGUCCAAAUCACAACUUCUCCGCUCUGAUGAAAGCCAGAAGAUUAUCAGAUAUGGACCGAAUCAUGUCAAUUGUAGGUGAAAUUACGUAAUAGAUUGCGUUUUUAAAGGUCGAUUGGAAACGAUAUUUCAACACAAUUAUGCCCGAGGACGUGCAUCCUUAUAUCGCAUCUAAUCCGGAAGUUAUAAUUGCCAAUCCCAAAUUCUUUAUUGCCCUUAAUAAACUUCUAAAGAGAACCCCAGCCAGGACUUUGGCCAAUGUUAUGCUUUGGAGAUUCGCUGAUGCUUGGUGGCUGCAAUUGGAUGAACGAUUCGAGGAAGUGAGACAUGUAAGAGAAAAAAUGUGUUUUCGAAUUUGUUCAGGACUAUAUAAGAAGAGUUAUUGGUACGGUGAACAGAGCACCGAGAUGGAAGGAGUGCAGUUCCGUCUCUGGGAUAGCUAUGGCUUAUGCUUCUGAUGCCCUGUAUGUGAAAGAAAACUUUGAUGAGAAUGACUUGAGUCAAGUCAAAAAUCUUUUCGAAGAGGUUCGAUCCGAAUUCAUGGAACUUCUGAAGGCCAGUGAUUGGAUGGACAAUAGUACCAGAACCUAUGCCAUUAGCAAAGUAAGUUUAUUUUGUUUUUACUUAUAUUUAUUUAGGCACAAGAUAUGAUUGCGUUAGUUGGAGCCCAGACAAUUGCUUACAAUCUUACAGCACUUGACAAUUACUACAGUGAAGUAAGUAUCUCAAAGUAUUUAUACCGGGCUAAUUUCAAGUUGAACUUUUCUGUUGAUGACACUUAUGGAACCAUGGUUCGUAAACAUUCCUUGUGGAAGCAGAAGAAAGCGGCUCGUGAUCUUCUAAGGCCUGUUGACAGAUACAGACUCCCAAUGAGCGCCACAACUGUUAAUGCGGCUUACACUUUUGUUAAGAAUGCCCUGAGUAAGUCUCCUCUGACACGAUUAGUAAAACAAACAAAUUAAGCGAUUCCCAGCGCCAUAUUACAACCUCCAUUCUUUGACAGCAAGUUCCCAAAGGCUACAAACUACGGUGCCAUUGGGUCUAUUAUCAGUCAUGAAAUUGUUCAUGGAUUCGAUAUGCAAGGUAAGGUUAAAGGCAUACUGAACGUCAUUUUAGGGCGACAAUUUGACAAAGUUGGGAAUCGAAAGAACUGGUGGGGUGAGUCAACACAAACGGAGUUCUUGAACAGAACAGAAUGUAUGAUCAAACAAUACUCUGCGCAAAAAGUAGACGGAACUGAUAUGCAUAUUGAUGGAUAUGGAACACAAGGAGAGAACAUCGCCGACAAUGGAGGCAUUAAACAAGCCUUUAGGGCAUACACGAAGUAUUUGAAAGCUUUGGGAAAGGAAGAAGCCCGUAUCCCUAGGUUUGAACAGUUUGAUAACAAACAAAUGUUCUUCAUUAGCUAUGCUAUGGUAAGCCAAGAUCUACGCCAUGUUUACAUAUUUUGCAGAGCUAUUGCGGACACGCAAAACCAGAAGAAUCAGUAAGACAAAUAUACACAGACAGCCAUGCACCAUCUAAAUACAGGAUCAACAUGGUCGCGUCGAACCAACCUGAGUUCUCUGACGCCUUCAAAUGCUCCCCGAAGGCGACAAUGAACCCUGAGUCGAGAUGUUACGUGUGGUGA